AUGUACCAUCGUGCAUACCCUUCCAUCCGUACCGUACCUUCAUCUUCCAAUAUUUUCGGCCAACGACGAACGUCUAGUCAAACUGAGGCAUCAUUGACACGGCGCCGUACCUACAAAUUUCACCCGAGGAGCGAUUUCAUGGUUUCGUCACCCUUAAAUUACAAGAUCAACUUAAUCCCUCCUGGGUAUCCACUGAUAGCUUGCGUGUCGAACGCUACUAGUACUCACGAGUCCGAGAAGGGAUACCUGAAGUUCGUGAAAGAAGGGGGAAAGGAAAUUGAAAUCUUGCAAUACCUCACAGGAAUCGAUUCCCCUGCAAAUCAUACCAUCUCUGGAGCACGAAUCUGGCCUGUGCGCGGCAGCAACGUCAUAUCGAUGCCGGUGGCUGGCGGCUGGCUCACGUCGCUAAUAAAACCCAGUGCACACCUGUACUCUACCACCGAGAACCAGAAUUCCACGUGCCGCACCUCAAUAGUGAACCACAUCGACGAUUUCUGCUUGUGGCACCUUUCAUCCCCAACUCCGCUAUCGGCAAUACUGAGCAGGGGGACGUUGCAUGGUGCACUUGCCUCUUUAUUAUACUAUGGAAUAUGGAGGAGAGAUGGAACAGGGCAUAGUUAA